AUGCAAGGCGAAGGACUAUGCUAUGUCUACGAAGAUGGGACAUAUUGCCGUGCUAUCAUUGAUGGCGAACCCGUCAACCCGUCUUGGGGUAUCACAAAGGCCGGAAAACCGCGCAAGCGACUUGCACAGGCCUGCCUCACCUGCCGAGAAAAGAAGAUUAAGUGCGAGCCUGGUUACCCAAAAUGUCAUCAGUGUGCCAAGUCGCAGCGAGUCUGUAGAGGAAAGGUCGAAACUUUGAACGCCGACACAAACCUCAAAUUCCGAAAAUUCCGGCCUGCCACCUUCGCAUCUUCAAGAGACAUGUCCAUCCACUCCGUGGAUUCUGAUUGGAGUGGUUCGGGAAACGAUCAAGGCACGGAAGAUCCCAGGGGCGGUUCAUAUCAGGACCAUCUCGCUCUCCAAUGGGAGCAGGAUCCUUAUGAGACAGACCCCAGGCUCACAACCCAUCUUCUGGAUCUGUAUUUCCUGCACGCCGGACGGGCCACCUACGGGAUGUUUCCCCGCAGGCCGUUCAUGGCAUGGGUGGAAUGCAGUCGCAACAAGAGUCAAGAUCAUAUGAUGCUCUUGUAUACUGUCCUAGCCAUGGGUUCCUUGUUCUCCACCGACCCCGAUAAGCGAACACUUGGGAAAAGAUUUGCUGCUAUCGCAUCCUAUGCGGCAGAGAAACGGUUCGGCAAGUUCACUCUAGAGUUGUGCCAGAGCCGUCUCAUGCUCGCACUGUACUCCUUCGCGCGGGGCAAGUCCCAAGAAGCGUGGGACUUUUGCGGUGCUGGGUUGCGAGCAAUCAGUGCUUUAAAACUCAACACCGAGGAAGGCGUCAAAGAAUUGGCCGAAAACAGUCCGGAUCAUGACUUUGGCUUUGAUCGCUGGACCUUCGAGGAGUGUUGUCGACGCACCUUCUGGUCCGGACUGUUGAUGGAUCGGUACAAUGGUUUCUUCGGCGGCACUCUUUUUGUUAUCAGUAUCGAAGAUACUUAUGUCCGCCUUCCAUGUCCGGAUGACAUGUACGAAGCAUCCACCCCUUGCGAUGCUCCUUUCUUUGACGAGGACAUUUUUUCUGGACGGGCUCCCGUCCAACCACGACUAGGUUUAAUGGCGUACCUCUGUCUGAUUUCAAUUUUAUGGGGCGAUGUCCUGACCUUCACUGGUCGGGCUGCUCGCCGACCGACGAGUGACUACGAAAGACACUACGAAACAUUCUAUGCGAAGAUGUAUGAAAAGUUGGACGCGUGGUACGGUAUGCUCCCGCCGGACCUUCAGUACAGUCCGGCAAACCUCGAUCGUAGCAUGGUAGAUGGCUACGUUGGCACAUUUGUGUCUCUUCACGCUCUGUACCACGCGGCCAUCAUCAGACUCAACCGUCACAUUCGAGUCGGAGCAAUGACGACCGAACAUAUACGCCGAAACCUUCAGGAUUCAUUUCGCCACGCAUCAAGUUUUCUUUCCAUGAUGCAUUCACUCUCUCCGAUGAGCCGUCAACAUCGACUCCCAGCAACCCUAUCAUCUGAAUUCAUAUUCUCAACGCCCUUCCCGGGAUAUGCUCUUAUGCUGUCUAUCGACGUGCUCACCUCGGCUGGCACUUUUUCGAACUUGCCCAAACUCAUUGAAACCGUACGCACUGCGGUAUCGUGUAUCGACGAGUUGGCGAACUUUUGGGAUUCGGCACGAGCGCAGCACAAGGCUGUGUCAAACCGCUUGGAUCAACUUACAGAAGUUGCUGCACAGGAAAGACAAGGUGUGAGGAAUGGCAGCCAUGGACAGUUCUGGAGGAUCGAUAACAGCCUCGAGAUGGCCUUUGGCAAAGAUGACGCCGUUUUCAACGCGGAGAGCCAUCUUUUGUUCGAUGUGGUUGCUCAGCUCACAGAGCGUUAA